AUGGAAUUUGCAAUGUUCAUAUCUGGUACUGACUUCGAUGACCUCACCACAACCACUGUUUAUAAAUGUUCUCAACGAAAGUGGAACCAAAAAUACAAACAGUGGCGGAUUUUCAAGAAAGGUCAAUGGGAAAACUACAUGUCGAAAUUGAUAUGGCAAACAGCUCGGUUGGGUUGCGGUUUCAACUUCAAGAACCAUUAUGUCAAUCUAGACAGGAAUGCGGGACGAUUUGAUGGUUAUUGCAAAUGUGGCAGCAUUAUGAAAUGUGAUUUUGAUGAGAUUCCUCUUUCUAAAAAUGUUAUGGCCACAGUUAAGGUGACCUUAGGAUCUGGAAAAUGUGGCAAGAGGUGGCUACGAGAGCCACUAAGGAGCACAGUUUGCGCGGCACUUGAGCUCAAGAGCGUAGAAUUAUAUCGUGCUGAAAGAGCGGAUGAAUUAAUGCUUCCUGGAGAUCAAGAACCACCCAUAAUUCCUAGCUCUAAUGUUUUACGAACAGCUAAAAGCCAACAUAUUGCCAGAGAGUACUUGGAUCCAGAUCCUGUUAAAGCUCUAGUCAUGAUGAAAUACGGGGGGUAUUCAAAUUUAAUUCAAGAUAUUGGACUUGAUCCAUUUUUUGUUCAAUAUAGUACAAAUCAACAGCUCCAAGCAUACAAAAGUAUUUGCGCAGCUGGCAACGUCUGUGUAUGCCUGGACAGUACUGGUAGUGUUGACGAAGAAUCAUUUUUGGAACUCUGCAGUACAACUGAUGAGGAACAUGAAAAAACUCAGGAGGAACAAGAAAUAAACGAUGUAGAGGCAAGUAAGAAUAAAAUUACUUCCAACCUGUGGACGAAGUGGGCAGAAUCUUUAAACAACUCUAUAAAUUUAUCGAUAAAGGAACAGGGGGAUCGUGAAAAUGCUCAUUUUGUUGCUGAGCAGAAGCUAGCUAAAUAUUUAAUAAAAGAUUUAACCCUAUAUCCCAUGUGGUCCUGUGUAUGCAAUAAGACAUUUGGCCUUCCGGAUGGCAAGACAGCUUCAAGUGCUCCUAUCGAGGGAGAGUUCAAUAAGCUGAAAAAUGUAAUUUUCGCAAAAAGAGAACUUCCACUGAGGGUAGAUCGUUUUGUCAGAAGACAUUUAGAUUAUUUAAGUGGUAAAAUGAAAUUGGUUGAUGUCAAAAUAGAAGAGCACACUCUGAGAAACUCAAGCAAUAUUAAUAUAAUCAACACCCAACUGGAGGAACCUCGGGAGGAACCCGUUGCGAACAAUAUUUUGAAAGAUUUGGAUUCAUUUCAGAAUAUUAUUAACGAGGAUCCAGUUAUCGACCAAGUCUCAAUUUCCGAUAAAAACUCUCCCAUGUGUGGUGAUUGUGAUCUACCUAUCAGUGGAACACAUGAAUGCAUUGUGUGUGGAAGAAAGGUGCACAUCACUGAAAGUUGCUCAAAAUCUGUGAGCAAUGGCAAUCUCAGAACGUUAAGGGUAUGUAACUUGUGUUUCGAAGGAGGCAAUUUGAAACAAGUUCUCGAUCUCAGAGAAUUCGAAAACUGGAGAAAUAAAGGAGAAGAAAAUAAUAAUAUUCAGCAGAGACAAAACCGAAAAAGAAAAUCGUUAUAUUUGGGAAAUAAUAAAACUGCCAUCAAAGAUAAGAUAUCACAUGAAAAACAUGCAUCGAUCCCAAUGUUGAAAAAUGCUAACAGUAUGGAUUUGGCAUCGAUCAAAGUAGAUGGAAAGAAGGUGACCCUCACGAACACCUGCGCCUUUGAUAGUAUUUUCCAUUUACUUUUGACUGCAACCUAUGAUUUUGAAACCAUGUGUCAAAAAGUAGGAGAACAAGUGGAAGAAGUGGGUAUUUUCAAACUCAUUCAAGAUGUUUGCAGAAAUGGGGUGACUAACAAAACUUACAAGAUGAGAGCCAAUAUCUUGAGAGAACUUCAUUCAAUAAAACCCCAUCCCAAUAUAUCUGAUUUAUAUCUCAUGGACUGCGAAACCAAUGUUGGGACACUGUCUCGUGGCCUCCUGAAAAACGUACCAAGUUUCGAGGAAAUUUCUUUGUGCGACAAAGGAUGUCAACCUAGAAUAAAAUAUUUUCCAGCUUUCAGUAUCUCAAGGAGGAAUCUUUUGUGUGACGACAGGGAAAAUUUGAUAAAUAAUUGCAUAUCACUCAAUCACUUUUCUGAUUGUCCGAAUACAAACUGUGAUGGUAGAGUGAAAUCUAAUUUAGUUACAGGUGAUAUUGUUGUGUUCGAUGUGGAUACUUUCAAGAUGUUCAGAAAAAUUAAAUUAGAAUCUCUCCCACUCUCCAUCAACAUACCUGAUGAAGAUAAUGUCCAUCUUAAACUGGUUGGAAUAGUUAAUUAUAGAGGAUCUGCAAAAAACGACUAUAUGGGACAUUACACAGCUAUAUCUUACAGAAGGGCAGAUCGUUGUUGGGUCGAAUACGAUGACUUGAUAGGAAGUAGUCGUCGUUUGACGGCGAAUACGUUGGUUCAACCAGCUCUAACAAUAAUGUUGAAAAUUAAAAAAUAA